AUGUCGGCCGUUGAAGAGAGACAAGCCGAGAAAAGAACUCUCGAUAAGGGAGACGAGAACGAUGACGUCGUGCCAACUAAAGAAGCCAAGAUCGACAACGGAAAGGCCGAGGACGAGGCAACGGAGAAGGUCGUCAAAGAGGACGCUGAAGGAGAGGAGGAAGGAGAUGAAGAGGAUGCUGACGACGAGGAGGAGGAUGUGAACGACGAGGACUCUUCUGAGGGAGAAGGCGAGGGAUCUGACGGUGGAGAAGAGAAGAAGAGGAAGGAUCUGGUGAUGACGAGGAAGGAGAUGAUGCUGAAGGAGGAGAGGAGAGCGACUGAGCUGUGUAACAACCUGGGGAAGAAGCUUCGUCAUGCACGCCAAAUCCCACAUCCACAGAAAUCACAAUUCUUUAAAUCGAAAUCUCUAAAAAUUCAUUUUUUGGGGAUAGAUCUCAACUCCUCAGUAAUUUACCCGAAACUUUUCAACUUUAAACUUUUUCGAUGCUGGCCCACUUCUUCACCCUAA